UCCUAGAAAAUGCAAGUUAAGUGAUUAGAAACAGUCUUUUCCCCAGUUUGACGAAGUGACCUGUAAAUGUGUUGGGGUACUAAUGUGUCAUUUUGGGAUAUUAUCUGGCCACGAACACUCGGAAUGACUACAGCAGUGGUGGGGAGUGGCUUUUCCAGGAAAGUGAAACUGAAGGUUCAACAAGAUACCAAGUCAGUCAGUCAGUCAGUCCGGCAGAGCGAAGAGCAGAACGGGAGCCAUGUCGGCUGCUUUUUCCUCAGAAGAUUUGACUUGUGCUAUCUGCCUGACCAUCUUCACUGAUCCGGUGAAUCUUCCCUGCGGACACUCUUUCUGCAGAGAAUGCAUCACACAUGUUCUGAGUUCACAGACCCAGUGUCCAAAUUGUCGGACAGCUGUUCCAACAGAAGCGACAUGUCUUCCAACCAGCCAUUUAUUGAAAAGCCUCGCUGAAAAGGCUAAAGAAGCAGAGAGGAUGAAGAGAGAGCGCGGGGAGGAGAAGGCACAGGUGGCUGAAUUGUGCCCUGAGCAUGAAGAAAAGCUGAAACUGUUCUGUGUCACAGAUCAGCAGUUAGCUUGUAUCAUAUGCCGAGACGGGGAGAGGCAUGAAGGACACAAGUUUAAACCAAUCAGAGAAGCAGCUGUAUCUCUGAGACAGGAGCUGGAGAGGGGUAUGGAGAACCUUAGCGAUGAUAUCCUUGCUACAGAGAGCCUAGCCAACACACAGAGGGAAGUAAUGACAAAAACCAAAGAGAAGUCUGAGCAGCUGAAGACCCACAUUCACAGACAGUUUGAGGAGAUGCACCAGUUUCUGAGGAAGAGAGAAGAUGAGAUAAAGAACGAGCUGAAACACAAAGAGGAAGAUGCUGUUGAGAAAAUGAGCGAGAGCUUAAAUGCGAUAGAAACAGCUUUGUCUGAGAGCAGAGAGCUGCAGGGAAAGGUGACAUCAGUUCUGCAAACUGAAGACCCUGAGAGGUUUUUAAUGAGCUGGACUGAGCGUAACAGCACGGUGACUCCAGAGCAUUUAUUCAGGCCCAGAGCAAGUGAUCUCAAAGUGGUGAACACCUCUCUCUCUUUGGGGCCUUAUGAAAGCCACCUGCAGUUCUUUCUGUGGAAGGAGAUGCUUCAGGUGAUCCAGCCCCGAGCAGAGCUGCUCUCACUCAAAAGCAACAGCACAGAUAUAACUGUGUCUGAUGAUGGGCGGAGUUUGUUUUGUAGUCCCAAAAGCAACCAAGCUCAAUCAGAUUACUUCUCUUCUUAUGACCAACCCAAAUCAUUUCGUCAAGUCAAAGCCUCCAAAACUUUUGGCUCCCCUGCAGGAUUCGGCCAAGUCAGAGCCUCUAAUACUUUUGGCUCCUCCGCAGCAUCUGGCCAAACCACAGCCUCCGGUUUUUUUGGCACCACCGCAGGAUUCGGCCAAGUCAGAGCCUCUAAUACUUUUGGCUCCUCCGCAGCAUCUAGCCAAACCACAGCCUCUAAUACUUUUGGCAACCAAAGCAAAAACCAUGCAUUCAGUGUCAGUAAAUUCACUUCAGGGCAGCAUUACUGGGAAAUAGAGGUUGGACACAGGGACUAUUGGGAACUUGGGAUAGAAGAUCAUUUUCUGAAAUAUGAAGGCCAAAAAUAUGCCGCCUGUAGUCGAAAUAUAAUCACAGAGCUAGCAUUUGGAGACAAACCUCGAAAGAUUGGGAUUUACCUUAACUGCUCAUCCAAGGAGCUCUCUUUCUAUGAUGCAGACAACAUGACACAUAUUCACACUAUGAGCUCUAAGCUCAUGUCCAUGCCGCUGUCAGCAUAUUUCACCAUCAGAUCCAGAGAUCAGAUAUCAGAUCCUAACCCUCUGACAGCGUGCUGGUACUGAAGUCAAAAGUGCAAUGAGAUAACUUCUGUUAUGAAUUGGCGCUAUAUAAAUAAAAACAAAUUGAAGCUACACAGCAUAACAAGUACCUGUUGUAAGUGUUACAUUUUCUGUUUUCUCAAGGAGCAGGAAAUGUCCAAAAAUCUGGUUAGUUCCGAAAUCUCAGGAGCUAAAGUGGGAACUAAAAGAAAAUCAAGCAAAUUAAACAGUGAUGAACUGAAAAGCGACGAUUGCGUUUGAAAUGCAGUUUUCACACGAGGAAACAACAACACAGAGUGAUGCUGUUCUUUGUAUUUACUGUUGUGUGACUGAUUGAGUUGUAUUUAAUGAGUGGAAUACGGAUCAUUCCUUCUCUCUCUCUUCCUCUCUGUCUUUUUUAAAUGAGUCGUAAAGCCGACAGCAAAGUUUUUAACGUUAAUAAACAACAAGAAAUUUCAAACCUCAUUCUAAUAACGGGUACUCCCUUGCUUUGCGAAUGAAACGGUACACACGUCUGUCUCUGAUAUUUCAGAUGUAGUAUUGCUUAUCGGCUACAUGCCAGGCUUGUGGUUAUGGUGUAUGGUAAAUUAAUUAUUAUGAGUUUGUUUUCUAAAUUUUAAAGAGAUUCAUAUUCAUCUUUUUCUAUACUUGUUUCCGUUGCUGGAUUUGUUUCCUGUAUCAAGGUUUAUUCUUGACAACUUUAUUUCAAUAUUUUUGUGUUUAUGUUACUAUUUUGGGACUAAGGGACUAAUGUAGAAUUCCCAUUCAAACACCCUUUUUGGGGUUAUUUAGCAUGAGCAUGGGCGAGCGUGAGCAUUCACGAUCUAGCCUCUUCUGACCUUUCUAAGAUUUAUUUUGUUUUCAGAUUGGCAUCCCCCUUUCCCAGCUGACUGUCUUCGUAGUGUUAUUGUACAUUUAUCUACAUAUUUUUGGACUUAAUUCCUUCAUAUGUUUAUACUCCAAUGAAUUUGUUGCUUUUGAAUUAGUUCUUCAUAAUUCCCUAUGUACACAUUGUCAGUUCGUAACUAGUGACAUUGUUUUGAGUCAGGAUGUGUGUGUUUGAAUGUGUGUAUUGUCCCGUGGUUGUAGGGUGGGACUAAGACUAUUUAUUCAAUGACACACCUGAGUCAGUUUGGUUCCUCUGUACCUGACAGAGAGCCUCAAAAUGUUGUACUUUUUGCAUGUAAUAAAAUAGAAAAUUUAAAAGGGGGUGUUCAACAGUGUUGCAAGUCCUUGGAAAUGCAGAAAUCUCAAUAAAUUCAUGACCGAAUAAAUGUGA